CCCUCUUGCACUCUGCGGUGCCUGGCGCGCAGCGCACGCUCACUUGACUUCAUAGGCGGGCGGGGCAGCGCUGACGUCAUCCACGCCCUCCCCCCCCAGCAGAGGGGCGGUGGCCGAGCUGGCUACUCCAAGCGCAUUGACGGACAGAGGGACAGAGAGACAGGGGGAUCAGCAGGCACACGUCCAGGCCAUGCCCGGGGAGGCUGUGCGCGCUGAGUUGCCGCUGCCUGAGGCAGGAGGGCCAGGAUCCCGCACAGAUCUCUCAUGUGAUGCAGCCAUUGCCACCACCAUUCUGAAAGGGGACCAACGGGAGCCCCCUGCCCCAACCCCAGGGCCUAGCCCUCUGGCACUCACAUUCCUGUCCAGCAAGCCAGGUGCACGGCCCCAGCCUGAGGGAGCCAGCUGGGAUGCAGGGCCCCGUGGGGCUGCCUCAACCUGGGUUGACCCAGCAGAGGGCAGCCCGAGUCCAGGGGUCCUUCCUGAGGGCCUGCCUCUCCAGCCUUUGCCUACUGAAGUCCCUCUCCCCACCACCCUGGAGCCCCGCAUCGUGAUGGGUGAGGAGACAUGCCAGGUCGUCCCUUCACCCAGGACAGCCUGGCCAGUGCUCAGGGACCGGGAGGGUGGGCACACCACCCUGCAUCCACCUCCGGAGCUGUGUUCUCAGGGUGAUCCUCCUGUGCCUUCCCCUCCCCCUGACCUCGAUUCCUACUUCACACCACCCUCUACUCCUACCAAAACCACCUGUGCCCUGCUUCCUGACCAUGGGCCACACAGUGAUGCCUGGGACCUGGAGGCCGAGCUGCUGGAUGAGUUACUGGAUUCAACGCCAGCUUCACCCUCAGGCUCCUAUAUUACAGCAGAUGGGGACAGCUGGGCCUCAUCACCUUCCUGUUCCCUCAGCCUGCUGGCCCCAGCUGAAGGGCUGGACUUUCCCUCUGACUGGGGCCUCUCCCCGUCAGGAUCUGUGGUAGACGAACUAGAGCCACACUCCACAGAACCUCCAGAGCCCCCAUCCUCUGAGUCUAGCCUCUCAACCGACAGCAGCUCUUCCUGGAGCCAAGAGGGCCAUUUCUUUGACCCGACCUUCUUGGCCAACGACCCGAUGAUCCCUGCCGCCCUACUACCCUUCCGGGGUAGCCUCAUCUUCCAGGUGGAAGUUGUGGAGGUGACACCAUUGCCCCAGGAGGAGGAAGAGGAGGAGGAGGAAGAGGAGGUAGCUGCUGGUGCUGCCACCCCGGAUGGAGACCUGGCUGGAGAGGGUGAGGACGACAGCGCAUCUGCCUCGUUCCUGCAGUCACUGUCUGAUCUGUCCAUCAUCGAGGGCAUGGAUGAGGCCUUCGCCUUCCGGGAUGAUACUUCUGCAGCCUCCUCUGACUCAGACUCAGCUUCCUAUGCAGGGGCAGAUGACGACAGGCUGUACAGUGGGGAGCCCCAUGCCCAGCCCAGUGCCCAGAAUACAGAGCAGGAGCACAGAAGCAGGGUCACAUUUCAGGGCACAGAGUUCAUGCUUCAGAUUUUGGAGCAAGAAGCCUGUCUUACCAAUAGCCAGGAAUCAACUGCAGAAAUAGCAGAAGAGGCCCCAACUUUAGGCAUAGAAUCCGAAGCUACUAUGACCCUUCCUGAUCUGCAAGCAGCUCCAGGCCCCCAGGUGGAGGGAGUUACCACAGUCACCCCUAGGGAAGGGAACAAAGAAGUUGACUCAGUUGCUCAACUAGCACCCAGGGCACUGCCUGAGGCCUGCCACAAGGGGCUGAGCACUGCUCUAGGUUGUAAUCCUGUCACCGUGGAAUCCAUUCUAGAUCUGCAGGAAGAAGCAAGCCCCACCUUGUGUCCAAACCUUCCUGCUAACCUGAAGGAAGGAGGCCAGGACCUUCCCUCCACACUGGAGUCUGUGGCUGUGGCUUCAGUGAGGCCCCAGAAGGCUGAGAGAGGUGACAUAAUACCCCAGGACCUCCCUAUGACACUACCCUCAUUCUUGCAAUGUGUACAUCCCACCUCAGGCCCAGAGUCUGUGGCUGCAGUCACUCUGAGGCUGCAGCAGGACGAGGGAUGUGUCAUAGCCCUCCAGGAGGCCCCUGUGCCAUCACCUCCACCCCUACAAAGUACAGAUCCCAUCUCAGGCCCAGAGUCUAGGGCUGCGGCUACAUGUGGGUCCCAGCAGGCUAAGGAAGGUAUCACAGCACAGCAGGACUCCCCCAUGGCAUCAUCCCCACCCCCGAAAGGCUCAGAUCCCACCUCAGACCCAGAACCUGAGGCUGUGGUCACACUGGGGUCCCAGCAGGCUAAGGAAGGUGUCAUAGUACCCCAAGAUUCCCCCAUGGCAUCAUCCCCACCCCUGAAAGGCUCGGAUCCCACCUCAGACCCAGAACCUGAGGCUGUGGUCACACUGGGGUCCCAGCAGGAUGAAGGGAUUGCCACAGCACUCAAGGACUCCCCUAUGGCAUGUCUAUCCUGGCAUGGCUCAGAUCCAACUCCAGACCUAGAAGCUGAGUUUGCUGCCACCCUGGGACCACAGCAGGCCAAGGGGGGUGUCACCAUACCCCAGUUCACCCCAGUAGCAUCACCUCCACCCCUGCAAAGCUUAGAUUCAAUCUCAGACCUACAUCCUGUGGCUAGAGCCGUACCAAGGUCCCAGCAGGCUAAAGACAGUGCCGCUGCACCCCAGGACACCCUUGUGAUGGCACCUCGGUUCCUCCAAAGCAUAGAUUCCACCUCGGAGCCAGAGCUGAUAGUCCAAGACACCUCUCUGGCACUGCAGAGAGGAACAGGCUACACCACAGAGACUAAGCCUUCAGCCUCUGAGACCCAUCAGGAGUUAGGUGUGGCCUUAGGACCAAAGCCAGUGCCUGGUGAGCAGGAUUCAAAACCCCCUCUAGACUCAGCAUUCGUCAAUUCAAACCAAGUCCAACAGAACGGCUCCGAGCCAGCCGUAAAAACUGACAAGUCUGGGGCUCCAGAAGAGGUAUGUCCCACCUUGAGCACAAAGAUCUCUGAGCCCACAUCUUGUAUGGGAGAGAAAGUAGCUGAGAGCAUGCCUGCCCUCAGGCAAGGAGCAUGCCUUGAAACCCACAAUGCGGUCAAGACCCGCUCACCUCAAACAGAGGCCCCAGGGGCUAAGAACAAGCGGGGUAGAGGCCCCAAAUCACCAGGGCAGGGAAAUGGGUCCAAGUCAGCAUCCCAAGGUGCAGGGGAGACUUCCAAGGCACAGUCAGCAGCAUGCUCUGAGGUCAGCCAGACACAGUUGAUGAGCUCAGCUGGAGAAGGGAGGGGCCUGAGCAGCAAGGACACCUUGGGCCCCAAGCUUCCUGUGGCUCUAUCUGUACAAGCCAGGCUAAGUUCCUGCCCAGGCUCCCCAGCAAGGGCCGCAUGCACACUGAGCAGAGUCCACUCUGAAGAGAUUGCCAGCUCUGCACCAUCCUUUGAACAGCAGGAGCCUGUGCUAGGCCUGGGUAGUAGAGAAGAGCCUCAGACGACCCCAGGUGCCCUUUACCCUUUCCCAGCAAACUCUGCCAGUGACCUGCCCACCACAACCCAGGGUAGGUCCCUGGAUCCUGACCCUCCUGCUCCCAGUGCCCUGGACAGGGCAUCCCAAACAUCCCCAGGGCCCCCAGCCCCUUGCCUGGGCCCCAGUCCCCAGAAAGCCUCUGUGGAAGAGAAGAUCCCAGCCUCUCGUGGUCUGAUGCCUCGGCCAGGAGCCCAGGGAACUGCUGCCAUUACCACCUCAGGAUCCACAAUGCCUCUGGGGGCCCGGCAGCGUGUCAGCCUCUCACCUCACUCCACCCUCAACCCCAAGGUGACCCCCACAGACACCAAAGACCUGGCUUGCAUCAUCUCAAGCCCCUGCCAAGUGCCUCCUGCCUCUGGGACCCAGAGCCCAUCUGGCUCUCGAGGGUUCCCAGCCCCUGAACAAGAGGAUGAGGACAGCCUAGAGGAAGACUCACAGAGGGCCCCAGGCUCCGGCCAGCAUUCGGAUAGCCACGGGGAGUCGUCAGCUGAGCUGGAUGAGCAAGAUAUCCCACCUGAGAAAGCGCAGUGCCCGGCACAGGGCCCAGCGGGCAGCAAUGAGGAGACCAUUGCCAAAGCCAAGCAAAGCCGAAGCGAGAAGAAGGCUCGAAAGGCAAUGUCCAAACUGGGCUUACGGCAGAUUCAGGGAGUCACCAGGAUCACCAUCCAGAAGUCCAAGAACAUCUUGUUUGUCAUUGCCAAGCCAGAUGUCUUCAAGAGCCCCGCCUCAGACACCUAUGUGGUCUUUGGUGAGGCCAAGAUCGAGGACCUGUCCCAGCAGGUACACAAGGCUGCGGCAGAGAAGUUCAAGGUGCCCUCAGAGCCCUCAGCCCUGGUCCCUGAGUUGGCACCUGGGCCCCGGGUGAGGCCAGAGUGCGAGGAGGAGGAAGAUGAGGAGGUAGAGGAGGCUGGCCUAGAACUUCGUGACAUCGAGCUGGUGAUGGCCCAGGCCAAUGUGUCCAGGGCAAAGGCCGUGCGGGCACUGAGGGACAACCACAGUGACAUUGUCAAUGCCAUCAUGGUGAGCAAGUAUUAGCCCCUUCUGCAGCCCAG